GCUGUUCCGCUUUCCCUGAAAUUCUUUGCUGAUCCGACUUGAGACUGAGAGAAUUCAAGAUGGCUGUCUCAGGCUCCAGAUGAGGGCUUCUUCCUGCUUUGCCCUGGUGUGUAACUCUUUCUUGCGGCCGACUGAGUGUCAGUGCUGCCAGUCCCUCACUGCCCCUUUGGAGACACCAUGUCCAACACCUCCUCCUGUUCCUCUUCGGGGGAAACCAGCCCGGAUGACACACCCCGAGGUGGGGGCACCAUUCGUGUCUACCUCCCCAACAAGCAGCGGACGGUGGUAAAUGUUCGGCCUGGACAAACUGUCUAUGAUAGUCUAGAUAAAGCCCUGAAAGUCAGAGGCCUAAGCCAGGAUUGCUGUGCUGUCUUUCGCCUUCUUGAAGGCCGGAAGAGACUUACAGAAUGGGACACUGACAUCACACCCCUCGUAGGGGAAGAGCUUCUGGUAGAAGUGCUGGAUGAUGUUCCUCUUACCAUGCACAACUUCGUACGUAAAACAUUCUUUAAAUUAGCUUACUGUGACUUCUGCCACAAGUUCUUGUUCAACGGCUUCAGGUGUCAGACGUGUGGGUAUAAAUUUCACCAGCACUGCAGCAGUAAAGUCCCUACAGUAUGUGUGGAUAUGGACACCGUGACAAAACGGUGUGUUCCUAAUACAGAAGACUGCCCUUCGAUAUUGAUAUAUCCGGCCACCAAUUCCAUUUCACAGAGCGACAUUCCCUUAACUUCAGAUUCUCCUGGAGAGGAACUGCUGUCUACCCCAUCAAGCUUCCGUUUGAUCAUGCGAGGAGAGGACAGUCAGUCUCUCCAGAGGCAUCGCUCCACCUCAACCCCCAACGUCCACAUGGUCAGCACGCUGGAGCCUGGCGCUGCUGGCCUCAUGGAGGAGUCAUUCAAAAUCAGCACAAUGGGGCAAGAGUCCUCUCCCAAGCCUUCCACUAGCCCACCACACCUAGGGUCACCAGGAAGAAGACCCCCCAAAUCCCCUUCUGAGCCCAAGGAACGAAAGCAAUCUUCAUCUGAUGAUAAAAAGAAAGUGCACCGGGGAGGUUACAGAGACUCCAGUUACUACUGGGAGGUGCACUCACGGGAGGUGUCCAUGUUAAAGAGGAUUGGAGCAGGUUCUUUUGGGACCGUCUAUAAAGGCAAGUGGCAUGGAGACGUGGCUAUCAAGAUUCUUAAAGUGACAGAGCCCACACCGGAGCAGCUCCAGGCCUUUAAAAAUGAGAUGCAGGUUUUACGAAAAACACGCCAUGUCAACAUUCUGCUGUUCAUGGGCUUCAUGACGAAGCCUAAUUUUGCCAUUAUCACGCAGUGGUGUGAAGGCAGCAGCCUCUACCGCCACUUGCAUGUUACUGAGACCAAGUUUGACACCAUGCGCCGUAUUGAUGUUGCUCGCCAGACUGCACAGGGCAUGGAUUAUCUUCAUGCCAAGAAUAUCAUUCAUCGGGACUUGAAAUCUAAUAAUAUCUUCCUGCACGAAGGCUGGACGGUAAAGAUCGGUGACUUUGGGCUGGCCACAGUAAAGUCUCGCUGGAGUGGCUCUCAGCAGGUCGAACAGCCCAGUGGCUCCAUCCUGUGGAUGGCCCCUGAGGUGAUCAGAAUGCAAGACACUAACCCAUACACCUUCCAGUCAGAUGUAUAUGGAUAUGGAGUGGUGCUCUAUGAACUGAUGUCUGGGACUUUGCCUUAUUCGAAUAUCAACAACCGCGAUCAGAUUAUUUUCAUGGUGGGUCGUGGCUACUUGUCUCCAGACCUCAGUAAAUUAUACAGUAACUGCCCUAAAUCAAUGAAGAGGCUCAUCAUCGACUGUCUAAAAUUCACACGCGAUGAACGGCCUCUCUUCCCACAGAUCUUGGUGGGCAUCGAGCAGGUCCAGGAUCUGUUGCCAAAAAUUGAGCGGAGUGCCUCUGAGCCCUCUUUACACCGUGCUGUACACGCUGAGGACCUGAACCCGCUUCUCCUUCACACCACACGCCUCAUGCCUCUGUGAGACUGCCGGAGACGAUCCGCUCCUCUCGCAGAUGCCGUGCAGCAUCAUUCCCAGCAUGGAGUUCCUCAGAGUUCCACACAUUCCUGAGAGCACCCUAAUUACUUCAUCGGUCACACAUAUAGUCAAACACAUUACAUUUACCUACUCGUUCAUGCUCCCUUCCUCCUCUUUUCCAUUCCAGCUGCUCCUCCGUAAAGCUGCCUUUAGAGAAUGUCAGAUUUCUAAAACAGAAGCAGCUUUUGAAUAAACCGUGCUCUCUUACUACACUUAAUGGAUUUUGAAAUCCAAGCAUCAUAUCAGCAAUGUAUCGGCACAAUCUUAAUGACCUCCUUUUUUGAGGUAUAUUUCAAAAUGUGUUAUGGUUGCUUACACGUUACCUUUUUUACUUUAAGAUGAAAGUAGUGUUUUACUUUAGAACAGGCAAACUAGCUUGGAGAUUUUCUUUUUUCCUCUCUCUGUUCUCUUUGCUUGAACUUCAUUGGCCAACAAUAGCACAGUGUUGAUGAUUAUUAAUCUACAUCAGUCACAGAGACUCUGCUCGCAGAUUGGUUCGCAGUCAGUUCAUGGUCAUAAACAUGAUCAUACGCCCAUUGCAGUUUUGGCAUCUUUUUAAUUCCGUUAUUUUUCAAAUGGAAAACAUUGGUCUCAGAGUUGGUUGGAUAUACAUGUGACUUGUGCCCUUAAUAAUUGUGCUGUGCAUUUGUGAUAUUUAAAAAAAAAAAAAAAAACGCCUCUGAUUUGGCUCUACCUUUGUGCUUUCUCUAUACGUCGGUGAGCUUUAAAUUGUGUAGCUUAAUGAAAUUCCAAGAAAAUGGCACAAAGAAGUGGUGCACUUCCUGAAGUGAUGGGGAAGGAAAAUGAUACACUCUCUUUUUUUUUUGUUGUUGCUUUGAAAUGAGUACAUUUGCUUUCUGGAUUAUAACGCGAAUGAUUGUUUGUUUUAAAACGGAGUAAAAAUUUCACAAACUAAACUAAAAUGGCACAUGAUGACCAUAAGCAAGACAGGUAUACUAGUACUGACACUUCAUCCCAGUCUGACUUGUAAACUAAUGCAUUGUGUUUGCAUGUAGUGGUGUUAAGCGGUCGCCUUUGCGGCCCAUGCUGUUGAACGUUUGUACUGUAGCUCACACUUGGAGAUACUGAAGUGCAGAGGUUCUUAAUCUUGGUCCAGGGUUCAUAGAGCUCCCUCCUAAUCAGCUCCUGAAUCUGGUGUGUUAAAUAAUGGUGACCUCCAAAAUGCACAAAGCAGGGGAUCAGCAGGACAAGAAUUAAGAACCAAUGCUGAGUGAUUUUGUUAACAGCUCUACAUUCAGAUAGUGUUGAGCGAUAGUUUGGUGGGUGUUGAUUGGUUUUGCUUCUUGAAACAUUUUUGAGUGUCUGAGAACAAUGUCCAUAAAUGGUCUUUAUUUCCCAAUCACACAGCAGCUUUAAGGAGGAGUUCCGGUUGAAGCCCUUGAGCAGGUUUCAAAGAAAAUACACUUCUUAAAUAAGGCUGCUAAGUUUAGAACAGCUGCUGACCCCACUUAAUCGACUAGUUUUAGUUUUGAGUGAGAUGAUCAAACUUAAGAGAUGGUCUUACCCUUCUGCAGCGCCCAGAAACUUUGUAACAUUUCCUUCAGAUCAAAUUUGUGGCAGCAUGGGGUGAGUGAGUGCUUCUGGAUGCUGUAUUCUUCUUUCAGUUAGUUUAGUUUAUGCCAUACACUCAAAAGUAUGUCUUUGCAAAACAGUCGUGCUGUUUAAUAGCAAUAUUAAAGUUCCUUUUCCUCCCAUUCAUCUGGUUUCAAUAGGACUGAAUGAAACCUACAAUGAUGGGGCCUUAUGUGAUCUACAUUUUCCAUCUGUCCUUUUAAUGGAGUCUUAAUAUAUGUAACUUAUUGAUUCAUAACUGACACUUGUACUAAAGGCAGAGCUUUGGUUCUUAUCUAGCAAUAUUCGAAUGGGGCUGGGUCCCCCAUUGAGCUGUACUCAUUCCAAAUACGAUGCCUAUGGAAGAUUCACUAGGCGAUUGAUUAUGUGUCUCUUGUUCAUGAAAGAUGGUUUCACAUCCCCUCAGUGACUAAUGGAAAUGAAUAUGUUGUAGUUUCAGACAAACCUGGCUAUCUCUAUAUAUUUCUGCUUGAUUAUGCACUUCCUCUGUGAUUAACAGAGCUGAAGUGCUUCUGGACUCUUGUAGAAUGAUGAUGUGGUACUCCAAGUGUAGGAUUUUCUUAAGAAACCAGUGGUAAUAAUAUUACUCAGUACAAAAGGAGGUAAUUGCGUUAUCAAGCAUUUGUAGAUGGCACUAUAUGCUCUUCUCUGUUCGUAACGGUUGAGAAAGCAAGACUAUCGGUUUAUUUUUGUACAGAUUUGGAUGCACAGCAAGUCCUAUUGAGAUGUAUGAUACAAUUAAAGCUAUAAAUGAAUUAUGUGGCUUUAAAACAACAGCCGAGAAACCUCUAUAGAAUUAGACACUGGUUUAGGAACUGUUUUCCCCACCAAAUUCCAGCCUUAUUUGUUGUAUGAGAAACCAUAACUGGUCCUAGAUCAUUAGAACAGUUACUACUUCUGCCAACUUUGGAUAUUUGCAGCAUUGCCUUAAUGGCUUUAACGUCCCUCUGGAUACAUGUGGGACAAAUACUUCUCCCACCCCCUUGUAUCUUUGCAAGCACCUCAUUUGUUCACACUUUUAUAGUUUCCAUUAAGCCCAAAAUAAGAUAAUCAGUAUAUGAGAUUCAGUUUCUGCUUUUGCACAAGGGCACUAAUGCAAAAGGGUGAAACUUUAGAUUGGUAUACAAGCCACCGUUUUAAAGAACAGAAAAUAUAACGAAAGAUCAAUUUUGUUUAAAAAGAUUAGUUUUGCAUAUUUUAGGUGAACUGCAAUAAUGUGUGUGUAUAGUUGAAGAGGUCUAAGGGGUGUUUGCGAAAAAUGGUGUAUUCUGCCGUGUACAGUUACUUUUUUUUUUUUUUUUUUUUUUU